AUGUCUGGUGUUGCUCCCUUUGAGGCCCUUGCGAAGCUGCCGGAGCCUUGCAAGCCUGAGAGCCUCGGCAUGGACAUGCUUCACAGUGUGUUGGCCGUGCAGCCAGAGGAACAUGCCUUGGACGAGGGGCUUUGCAAUCCAGAGCCAGAUCUCAUCGCCGAAGCCGGUAAGCAGUCGCCUUCGGAUUCUCGCUCAAGUACUUGCAUGCCACUGACAUUCGGUGAAACGGUGGAUUUUGACACUGCAGAUGUCGGGACGGACUCACGUCACUCCUUCUUCUCAAAAUCCUUGGCAGAUGGCACAGACCACAGCCGUCCACCAAAUCGAAUUCUGCAUGACCAUCACAACAGCCGCAUGGAGGGUUUCUUGAAG